UACCAUCUUAGCAACCCUCUGACCAUCUCACAGUAUUGUUAACUUGGUCACUUAGUCCACUGUCUUAGCAAACUUCCUGUAUAUAGCACAGUAUUGUUAGCUGUGGUUGCCAUGCCGGACAUUAGUUCUCUAGAGCUUAUUCAUCUUAUGACUAGAAGUUUGCACUCUUUGUCCAACAUCUGUUUAGCCCCCAACCCCAGUCCUACUGUGUGUUUCUAUUAAGUUUUGCUUUUUUAGGUUCCACAUGUAAGCAACAUCAUACAGGCCUUUCUCUGUCGUAGAGUCAAAGAAGUAAAAAUUUUAAGUGUUCGUGUAUGUAUUUGUAGCAGUUAAAGAGGCUCAAUAAAAUUUUUUUCAAGUAUUCCAUUAGGAUAAGAUUCUGUGAGGAAAGUGGAAUGGAAAUAUGAGUUCAAAGAGGAAAAGGAUUGAAAUUUUUAUUAAAGAAAAGCUCAUUCAUAUCCUUUUAAAUUGCUCCAGUCUGUAGAUUCCAUUGGACUUAUUUUAAAUCAUGAUAGCUGUAUUCAAAAAGUGACAUAAAAGUUUUAUCUCCUAUGUCUUCUACUGGAGAGAGCAAGCUUUUCAGCUAUUCACCUUGCUGUAAAAGUUCUGAAUGGCAACUGAAAAUGUGUUAAGGGGCACAGGGUUUUUCAAAAUUCUUUAGGAGAUAUGUGAAUAAAUCAUUUAAAAACUUAGUCAUCCCAGGAUCCCACUGUCCACUGACCUUAUCUGGCCCUGGCCCCCCAGUGGACCUUACACUCACAUUUUCCUGUUGGUGGGACAUCUUUCCCUUGUAUCUAAAUGUUAAAAUCUUUUAGGAACCAACUCACAUACAGCCUGCUCUGUAAAAAUUGUACUUGAUUCCAGCUAUUGAAGCCUGGCAAGAAAAAUAAAAUCACCAAAGCAGAACGUCUGAGAAUGCAACAAGAGGAGGAGGAGAGGAGACGGAAAGAGGAAGAGGAACUCCGUGUGAAAUGUGAAAGAGAAGAAAUGGAAAAGCUUGAGAUACAACGAAUUGAGAAAGAAAAAUGGCAAAAACUUGAAGAAAAAGAUCUAGGAAGGAGAAAAGAAGAACUUGAAGAACUUGCUUUACUAGAGAUGGUUUUCCCUGAAGCAGCGAAAAUAAAAGAAAACAUCAGAUUGCUGUCUCAGUGGAACCACUACCUCCAAUGUGAUGGAAGUCCUGAUCCUUCAAUAGCCCAGGAAAUUAAUACUUUUAUUAGUUUGUGGAAAGAGGAAACAAAUGAGACUUUUGAGGAAGUUAUUCAGAAGAGUAAACUUGUGCUACAUUUAAUUGAGAAAUUGAAAUAUGUUUUGUUGGAUACGCCACAAUAUGAUUUGCAAAAUGAAAAUAUAAUCCAGUACCAAGGAUCAAUUCUAGAACUGCAGGAGCUGCUUCAUUUUAAGUUUAAUAUCGCCACAGAAAUUCUUCUCAGACAUGCUAGCACUUUAGCAGAUCUGGACAGUGGGAACAUGGAGAAAGUCAUUCAGGAUGAAAAUAUUACUCUUUAUUUGUGGGCGAACCUCAAGAAGAAUCCCAGAUACAAGAACAUUCGGUUCUCUGGCACAGAAAUUGGAUUUGAAAUUCCAAGGAUAUUAGCUGCAAGCGACAUUGCCCUGCGAAUCCUUCACACUCAUUACGAUCACAUGACCCCCCUGCGCCUGGUGGCAGCAUCUUUACAAGAGGACAGUUGUGCAGAAACUCAGCUUGUCAAAGAUGAAGUUAAGACUGUGGAAGAAGUAGUCAGCAGAGAACUCCUAGAAGAGCCCAGCCAACCAGAGGAGGAGGCUAACUCAGUUCAUGAAGAGGAGACAGAAGUCGAGGAACAAGAAGUCGAAGUGCCACAGAGUUCUGUCCAGGAAGACCCUGAAGUCAAAAAAUAUGAACUGGAAAUGAAUUUACUAAGUGAUAGAAUUUCAGCAGCACACUUGUCGCUGGUAGAGAAUGUUCAAGAAAAGCUAUGUGAAUUUGACGACAAUGAGGUUGAUUCAUGCCAGUUCGCGACACUCGGUGGAGUGUACCACUUGGAUAUUUUCGAGCUUCCCCCACAGUGUAAACCAAUGAAAGGCUGGAUCAUUGUGGAAAUACUCAAAGAAGGAUUACAUAAAUACACAUAUCCUCCAGAAACUGCAGAAGACUUGGAAGCAGAAAAUGCCUUCCCACCCAUAGAAGUCACACUGCAGGUUCAUGACAACGUGCUCUUUUUUGAGGAACCUAUGGUUGCCAGGUGGGAUGCUGAAGGUAAGCAUUGGAAAACCGAUGGCAUCAGCAAUGUGACUUACAAAGCGAAGGAGAGACUUCUGACAUUCAGCCUGGAAACCUUCGGCCCUCUCACCUUGAUUCAGGAUAAUCAUGUUAACAUGCCAUACCAGUCAUGGGAACUAACACCACUUGAUAUAAACAAAGUACUUUUGACUGUGACUACAGUGUUUGCUGAGAUUCAAAUACAAAUUAAGGAAAAUGUCUGCAUGUUAGCCUCUCUCAAACUAAAUAACCAAGAGACAGUCUCUAUUUUGGAAGGAAAGUGGAUGACUCCUAUUUCUUUCAUUAAUGCCUUGAAAGAAAUUGGAUUGAAUAUCUUCCCUUCUGGACACUCUCAUUUUUAUGUUGUCAUAAACUAUAAGGUUGCUUUGGUAGAAAUGAAAGCUUAUCGACAAAUGGCCCUGCUAAGCCCCUCAUUUGCAUUUGGUUGGAGCAGAUGGAAUUUACAGUGUGAUUCAACAAGAGUUGUAUUUAAGAUGAGUGAACACCUUGCUAAAGAAGAACCUAUUCAGAAUCCUGAUUCGACGCUUUUAAUGUUUAGUGCUGCUAGAGCUCAGAGGCUCAAGAUCAAUGAAUACAGUGAGGUGUUCUCUGACUCCAUUAAGGAAGAAACCGAGUUUCAUUCUACUUUAUAUCACAUGGUUAAGGAUUUUGCCUCUCAAGCAGCAAUGGAGAAAAUCAGGAGCUCCAACUGCCAGUUCAUCGACUCUGUAUGCCACAUGCUUCUCUCUACCAGGUUGCUCAGCUACUCUUAGCCACUGAGAAGAAUCAAACAACUUGGAGAAAAAUCAGAGUGAUUUACAAUCAAGGUCACCAGAAGCCAUAUUCAAAAUUUCUGAUCCAGCAUCUAUCAACAGGAAGAAACUAACAGCCUGAAUAUUAUGCAAAUGGUGUAUUUGCCCACGUCCUUUCCAUCUGCACACUCUGCAGCAGAUCCUAGGGCAUCACGCUAUAGUUUCCAACUGACAUCCACUCUGAUCCCCCUCAGUCCACUCACCACUGGAAGUCACAGUGCUCUCUGAGGAAGCAGCGUGGCCAGGAGAAGGAAGUGUGGUAUAUUCCCUGCCAAAAGAGUAGAAGAAACAUCUUUGGAGUGUCCAAAGAACUCUCUUGAAAAUUAACUGAACACACAUACAAAUGUGAACACACAAGCAGGCAGACCUGGACUGCGGCAAACUCCCAGAACAUGAGCUGCUGACACCAUCCUCCUUAAAAAAAAAAAAAAAAAAAGAGGAAAAAAAUUCAACAAUCUGACAUUUUCCAUUCCAGAGAGGUUGUUCUAAGCAAAUAUUUUCAUAUAAAUUUAAACGAAUCCAUAUUUAUUUUGCUCUUUUGGAGAGGAGAAAGGGGGGGUGGUAGGGCAGAUUGAUGCACAUACUCCCUUAAAUCUGUACUUGCAAAAAAAAAAAAUUCCAAUUUUAAGAUACUUACAAGUCUGAUAUUUAAAGAAAACCUGAUAAAUUCUUGGGCAAAACAAAUUCUAAACUGAAAGGGCAGGUAGAGUUUAUUUCAUGAACUUAAGUCAAAUUUUCUUCAAACAGAACAUUCUAUGUGGGCAUCAAACAACCUAUUUACAGAAAUAUUAUUCAACUUCAAACUUUUGACCUGUGGUUUAAAAAUGGUGCUCCACUUUCGCUAGACAGAUCAUACAGUUUAAACUUAAUCCAGUUCUCAAAGAUGUGAGAGAUUACAUCUAAAUCAGCACCUAAUACUGGUGCUCAAAAGAGCUUAACAAAAUUGUAGUUCCAGGCCGCGACGGCAAGUGUUUGAAAGUCUUGUUCAGAAUUCUUAAAUCUCUGUCAGGAGCUCCUAAUUUGGGGGAACUACAGGACAUUAUAGUAGAUAAGUCUCAAAAAAUACAGUGUGAACAUAUGUUCCUUUUUCAAAAUGUAUAUUUUUUACAAUUACUUGAUUUAUGUAGGAAGAUAAAAUGUAAUAAUUAAAACUGAAAGCAUUUGGAGAUAGCAAAGGAAAAACCCACACGGACAUUGAAAUAUUUCAUAAUCAAAUAUCAACUAAUUAAUCGCCACCAUCAGCAACAGGUUUCUAAAGAGGAACAUUUUAUAAUACAGAUACAAUUUAGAAUCUAUCCGAGAAAUUACUGACUAUAGUGACAGAAAGUAAAGGUUUUGCACAAAUUUGCUGAAUAUGUCGUUACCCAGAAUAACAACAGCAGCUUACAUCUGUUCAGUGUAUGAGAAGACAUAAACCCCUUGUAUUUAUCACCGCAUUUAAUUCUCCCAACGUUACACAGUGGGUUCAACAAGAAGAGAUUUGCUUGUGUUCAGGUAAGGAAAAUAAACCAGUAAAUAAAGUAAUUGCCCCACAAAAUUCAGAGGUGAAGCCAGCUUAUGAAAUGGAUCAGGAUAAAUAUAGUGUUGUCUCUACAGUUGAAGAACCACCUCUGAGAUGUCCUAUCCCAAGUACUGGAGAAAUGAAUACUUCCUGAUUAUUGUCUGAGGUGGGCAAAGGACUUAACUUUAAACUUUUGCAAUGUUCACCUCAAAUACUGGGAAAAAUCCACCACCUUGCAAAGCAAGAAUUUACACUGACCCUCCUCUCCACUGAACGAGGGCAUUCUCUAUCCCAGCUCAUCUCUGUUUGAAGUGCAUUUGGGUCAGACCACACGGGACUGAAAGAAACCCCUGGUAACAUCAGUUUAAUUCAACUUUUAUCAAAGACCCUCUUUUGGGCCUCUUUUGGGUUGAGUGCAGCGCUGUGAAGCUGUCCGCAGCCUCUGCAGCGCCGGUUCCAUCCUGGCCAGUGAGGGUCCCACAUGGCGAGGCAGACCUCUCCUGUCUUUCCCGCUGCUUCCCCUCAGCAGUGCAUUUCAGUCAGUCUGCCUGUUCUGUUCCCCGCUCUGUCUCUGGUGAAUCCUCUCACCCUCCCGUGCAUCUGGCCUGUACCCCAGCUCUUGUAUAAAUAAAUAAAUAAAUCUUAAAAAAAAAAAGACCCUCUUUUGCUCCAGAAAGGGCUGAAGACACACAACACAGUCCUGAUGCAGAGCUGCUGACAGGCCAGUCAGAAAGACAAAUACCCAAAACACAGACUUUAGAAGGUAGAAGCAGACCAAAAGGGGUAUGCACAGAACAGAAGAGAGUGGGGCAGUGUUUGGAUUAAAUUUGGAAGAGAAAUUGUAGCUUAUACAGAAUAGACAGUUAAAUGAGGAUGACCCUGUCCUUAAACUACUUUAAAAGAUUGUGUUAAUAAUUAUCCUGU